UGGGAGGAAUGGUUUAUGUUGAUUUAUUGGGGGGAAACCCACUUGGAAGUUAGCAUCUCACUCACUCACACUCUGUCUUACAGCUAGCUGCUGAUACCUUCCCUCAUAAUGUGGCUUUCCAAUGUUAGGUGUCUUCUAGAGUUCCUUCCUUCAUACUAGUACAAAAACACCCUCACUCACUUCAAGUUUUUGCCUUUUAUGUUCCACAUUUUGUUAAAUGCAGAGCCUUCAAGAGGGUUCCUUCACCUUCCAAUAAGAAUAUGAAACCUUCCUUCUUUUCUCUUCCUUUCCAUUGUUUCUCAGAUCCAACUCUUUAGUGUUUUUUUGUUGAGAACUGUGAAUCUGCAUCCAAAAAUGGCUCCUAGAUUGGAUUUUUCCAACUGGGGUUUCAAGGAUUCAGAGAGAGGAACACCAGUGGUAGUGAAAAUGGAGAACCCCACUUUCUCUGUUGUGGAGAUAAACGGUGCAGACGCUGCGUUUAGGCCAGUAGAGAAGAACCGUGGCAAGAAUGCCAAGCAGGUCACAUGGGUUUUGCUUCUCAAGGCUCACCGUGCUGUUGGCUGUGUCUCUUGGCUCGCCACCGUGCUGUGGGCGUUGCUCGGAGCCAUUAAGAAGAGGUUGAUUCAUAGGGAGAGUGAGAAUUUGGAUAAAGGGAGGUUACUGUUUAGAGUCAUUAGAAUGUUCCUGGUGACUUCAAUGGUUGUUCUGGGGUUUGAGGUUGUUGCUUACCUGCAAGGUUGGCAUUUUGGGAAUCCUAGGUUGUUGCACAUUCCUCGUACCUCGGAUUUGCAAGGGUUGUUCCACAUGGUUUAUGUUGCUUGGGUAACGUUUCGCGCCGAGUACAUUGCUCCACCAAUUCAGGCUCUUACCAUGUUUUGUGUUGUUAUGUUUCUUAUCCAAUCGGUGGAUCGUUUGCUUCUUUGCUUGGGGUGCUUUUGGAUGAAAUUCAAGAAGGUUAAGCCACAGAUUGUUGGAGAUCCCUUCGAGAUUGAUGAUGUAGAAGGAUCUGUGUGCAAUUAUCCCAUGGUUCUGGUUCAAAUUCCAAUGUGUAAUGAGAGGGAGGUAUACGACCAGUCUAUUUCUGCAGUGUGCCAACUUGAUUGGCCAAGGGAUCGUUUACUGAUUCAAGUACUUGAUGAUUCUGAUGAUGAGGACAUCCAGUGGUUAAUUAAAGCAGAGGUCACUAAGUGGAACCAAAAGGGAAUUAACAUAAUCUAUCGGCAUCGCUUAAUCAGGACUGGAUAUAAAGCUGGAAAUCUUCAAUCUGCAAUGGGCUGUGACUAUGUGAAAGACUAUGAGUUUGUUGCAAUUUUUGAUGCAGACUUUCAACCAAAUCCUGAUUUUCUUAAGCAAACUGUGCCACAUUUCAAGGACAACCCUGAACUAGGUUUGGUGCAAGCUAGAUGGUCUUUUGUGAACAAGGAUGAAAAUUUGUUGACUCGUCUCCAAAACAUUAAUUUAUGCUUCCAUUUUGAAGUAGAACAACAGGUCAAUGGGGUAUUCCUCAAUUUUUUCGGUUUCAAUGGAACUGCUGGUGUUUGGAGAAUUCAAGCCCUAGAAGAGUCCGGGGGCUGGCUGGAGCGGACAACCGUAGAAGAUAUGGACAUUGCUGUCCGAGCUCAUCUUCAUGGUUGGAAGUUUAUCUUCCUAAAUGAUGUGAAGGUACUUUGUGAAGUUCCUGAGUCAUAUGAAGCUUAUAGGAAGCAGCAACACCGCUGGCAUUCAGGUCCUAUGCAACUUUUUAGGUUGUGCCUUCCCGCAAUUUUGAAAUCUAAGGUCUCAGCAUGGAAGAAAGCAAACCUAAUACUGCUAUUUUUUCUGUUAAGGAAACUAAUCCUUCCCUUUUACUCCUUUACCUUAUUUUGCAUAAUUCUUCCUUUAACCAUGUUUGUCCCAGAGGCAGAACUUCCUCUAUGGGUGAUCUGCUAUGUGCCUGUGUUCAUGUCAUUCCUUAACAUUCUUCCUGCCCCGAAAUCUUUUCCUUUCAUCGUUCCCUACCUCCUCUUUGAAAACACCAUGUCUGUCACCAAAUUCAAUGCAAUGGUAUCUGGACUCUUCCAAUUGGGAAGCUCUUAUGAAUGGGUUGUCACGAAGAAGGCUGGAAGGUCGUCGGAGUCCGAUUUACUCGCCGCUGCGGAAAGGGAAGCCAAAUCAAUAGAUCAACCAAAGAUACAUAGAGGAGCUUCUGAUAGUGAACUUGUUGAGUCACGCCAUUUCAAGGAACUCAAAGAAGCAGCUCCAACACCUGUUAAGAAAACUAAUAAGAUAUAUAAGAAAGAGCUCACUUUGGCAUUCCUUCUUCUCACAGCUUCUGUGAGGAGUUUGUUAUCUGCACAAGGAGUUCACUUCUACUUUCUGCUUUUCCAAGGUAUUACCUUCCUUCUUGUUGGUCUUGAUUUGAUUGGAGAGCAGAUGAGCUAGUUUUCAUUCAAUACAGCGAAAAAAAGUGUAGACGAAAUGCAACUUCUGAUUUACCAUCCAAGUUGCAGUCCAGCAACAAAAUCAGCAAUGAAGUAAAGUUGAAUAGUUUUUCCUUCAUGAAAUUCCUACUACAGGAUCAUUGAUUGCACUUACCCAAAACAAAGCUUCCCUGUUACUCAACUCUAUCCAUUUUGCAUUCACAGUUCACACUAUAUAUCCUAAGUAUUCCAUAGGGAGCUGGUCAUUGUAAUCUUACAGAUAUCGAAUUCUUGUUAAUCUGUUUUAGGUAGGUGUAUAAAAAAAUUUCAGUUUUCUUCAUUGUAUUCUUGGGUUGUGUUUGGGAUUGUAAGUUCUGAUUCAGAGUUUCCAGUUUUACCAUUCCAGAUUUCUUAGAGCAAAGUGCAUCUUUCUGUACAUUCGUUAGUAUCUAAUGUAAACAAUAAUAAUUUUUAUUCCCUCUA